CAACACCAAGCCUGAGAUAUUGAAGCAUUUUUGAAGCAGUGGCAUUAAAAACUUGCGUGUGUUUGUGCCGUUACCCUUACUUUGGUAGUCUGGAGGUGAUUAGUCACUUUUUAGGUGUCGUUCAAAAAUGACUUAGCGGUUUGUAACUAGAGACGUCAUCACGCAACGAGAAACGUAAACAUUCUGCGCCGCGAAGCAGGAAGCGUGAUGGCCGGGGUUCAGCCAAAGCUAGAGAAAGACGGCGAUGAUUGUUCUUUGUUGCCUUUAGUUCAUGACAUUAUCAAAUGCAUGGACAAGGAUAGCCAGGAUGUCCAUCAAGAACUGGCCAAGCUGAAGGCAAAAAUCCAGGAGGCUCGGGAGCAGAUAACCAACAUGCCCGGGGUAGACAGCAGUCCGACGGAGCAGCAGCAGCAGCUGGCCACGCUGCGGGAGCAGGUCCGCACCAAGAACCAGCUGCUGCAAAAAUACAAAAGUCUGUGCAUGUUUGAUGUGCCGAAAGCGUCAUGAAGCUCAAGACUGGAUUGCUGCACGCUCUGGAGGAAACUCACACAGGCGGGGUGCAGGAAGGACUUUUUGAUUUAAAACUCAAACAUGGAGCAGAUUAAUGCGUGACUCAAGAAUACGGGAUGGACGUUUAACUGGAAAAGGACUUGUUUUCCUUUGUCAGCUGCAUCAUGUCGCAAGAUGUUGAACAUCAGACAGUGUCCUGUUUUUGUCUUUUUAAUUUUUGCAUUGAAAACUUGGUUAUGCAAUCUAAGUAGACCUAUUAAAUGUAGUUUUUCAUGGUUUAUCUUUAUUAUCUUGUGAUAUUGUGUAAUAUCCAUAUUUUUGUAAUAAAACAAAGUGAUUAAGAA